GAACGCACCCCAGCGGUAAAGGAAGAAGCCUUUCUUUUAUUUUACCUGUUCGUGUGUUUUGAACUACCCAGAGCAUCAUGUGAUAAAUCCCGUGAUUUCCCUGCUUCAUACUGGUAUUUAUAGCUAUCAAAGCUGCCGGACCGGAUCAUUUUUGCCAGACUUCGCUUUAAAAUGGGAGCUUUAACUCUACUCUCCCUGCUGGUUUGGAUUCCGCUCCUCGGCUUCUGCGGAGCCAGAUACGAACCGACCUGGGAGUCCAUCGAUUCCAGACCGCUGCCGGACUGGUUCGACCAGGCCAAGUUCGGGAUCUUCAUUCACUGGGGGGUGUUUUCUGUGCCAAGCUUCGGCAGCGAGUGGUUCUGGUGCUACUGGCAGAAACAAAAGCUGAAGGCAUAUGUCGAUUUCAUGCAGAAAAACUAUCCUCCAGACUUCAAGUACCAAAAUUUUGCACCACAGUUUACUGCUGAGUUCUUUGAUGCCAAAGAGUGGACAGACAUCUUUGCCGCAUCAGGGGCAAAGUACAUCGUCUUGACCACAAAACACCAUGAAGGUUUUACACUUUGGGGCUCAAAAAGCUCCUGGAACUGGAACGCUGUAGAUGUGGGACCAAAGCGAGACCUGGUGGAUGAAGUGGCGAGUGCCGUGCGUGCCCACGGUGGUAUUCGUUUGGGGCUGUAUCAUUCUCUGUUUGAGUGGUUCAACCCGCUCUUUGAGCAGGAUGCCGCCAACCUCUUCACUACCACCACCUUUCCCAACACUAAAACGCUCCCGGAGCUUUACGAGCUCGUUGCCAAGUACAAACCAGAGGUGCUGUGGUCUGACGGAGACGGAGGGGCUCCGGAUAAGUACUGGAACAGCACGGGGUUUCUCGCCUGGCUCUACAAUGACAGUCCGGUGCGAGACACUGUGGUGACGAAUGAUCGGUGGGGCGAGGGCUCCAUCUGCAAACACGGCGGCUAUUACACCUGCACCGACCGCUAUCAGCCAGGACACCUGCUCAAACACAAAUGGGAAAACUGCAUGACCAUCGACACGAAGUCCUGGGGCUACAGGCGCAACGCCCCCCUCAGUGACUACCUCACCAUCGAAAAGCUGGUGGCGACCCUGGUGGAGACCGUGUCCUGUGGAGGAAACCUCCUGAUGAACGUGGGCCCCACGCAUGAUGGGAGGAUCGCUCCCAUCUUUGAGGAGCGCCUCCGGCAGAUGGGUCAGUGGCUGAAGGUGAACGGGGACGCCAUCUACAACAGCACGGCGUGGCGAGCUCAGAAGGAGAACGUCACUAGCAACGUGUGGUACACGUCCAAACCUCAGGAAAAGGCGAUCUUUGCCAUCUUACUGGAGUGGCCGGAUAACGGAUCAGUGAUUCUGAAUGAGCCGCUGGUUACAAAGGGACAAACGCAGGUGGAGCUUCUGGGCCACGGCUCUCUGCAGUGGGAGCCCAGCAAGCCCAGCGGACUGCGGGUCCUUCUUCCUCAGCUGUCCUUCAAACAGAUGCCGUGCCAGUGGGCCUGGACUCUGAAGCUGACCGGCGCCUCCUGAAGGAAAACCACUUCACCUGAUCAGAAGGCGGCAGCACAGCAGGGAAGGAGGGAGACUCUUGGCUCUCUGACUUGAAUUUCUUCCCUGA